UUAAAGCCUGGAGAGGGGGAAUCCACCGUAACAGCCCUCAAGGAAAGCAAACAGCUGGGAUAUCCUACAUACAAUGAGCUACAGGAUGCUGCUGUUUCUACUGCUUGGGACUUUGCCAUUCUUUGUCUAUGCAAUGCACAUUGAACCCAGCUCUGGGGAGGAGGCCAAGAGAUAUCUACAGCAGUUUGGGUACCUACAGAAGCCCCUGGAGAGCGACACUGAGGACUUCAGCUCAGAGGAAGUACAGGAAGCGCUACGUAUUUUCCAGCUGUCUACACACUUACCUGGAACUGGCGUCUUGGAUGAGGACACCAUAGAUAAGAUGAGGCAGCCUCGAUGUGGAGUAGAAGAUCCAUUCAACCAGAAGACUCUGAGAUAUCUGCUCUUAGGUCGCUGGAGGAAGAAGAACCUCACUUACAGGAUAUAUAAUUACACGCCAGAUAUGAGCCUGGCUGCGGCCAGGUCUGCCAUCCUAGCUGGCUUUAAGUAUUGGAGCGACGUCACACCCUUGACUUUCAAGGAGGUUACCCGAGGAAGGGCAGAUAUACGCAUUUCUUUUCACCGCCGGGGUAAUGGCUGUUCACGCCCCUUUGAUGGUCCUGGUAAGGUGCUGGCCCACGCCGAUAUCCCUGAAUUGGGCACUGUGCAUUUUGAUGAGGAUGAGUUGUGGACAGAAGGGACCUAUGAAGGGGUGAACUUGCGCAUCAUUGCAGCACAUGAGCUGGGACAUGCACUGGGUCUGGGACACUCACGUUUCAGAAGUGCUCUGAUGGCUCCCAUAUAUUUUGGCUACAAACCAAACUUCCGACUCCAUGAUGAUGAUGUGAAGGGGAUUCAGGCCUUGUAUGGUAAGAAAGAUAAAAUAGAAGAAGAAGAAGUUGUAACCACUGAGGAGCCUGCCAUCUCUGCAGAGCCAACACCCACCAGCCUAACCCCUGAUCCUUGUAAUGACAACCUUGAUGCCAUCAUCCUAGGUCCCUAUGGAAAGACUUAUGCCUUUAAAGGGGAUUAUGUUUGGACAAUCACAGAUUUCGGAAUUAGCCCCCUUAUUCGCAUCCAGUCUCUGUGGAAAGGCCUGCCCGGAAACAUAGAUGCAGCCGUGCACUCUCCGCGCACACAGAGAACCUAUUUCUUUAAAGGAGACAAACUGUGGGUGUACACAAAUUUCAAGCUGAAUCCUGGAUACCCCAAGUUGAUAACAAGGGUUCCACCAAAUAUCAAUGCUGCUUUGUACUGGGAAGUAAACAAAAAGAUCUUCUUGUUCAAGGGGGAUGGGUACUGGCAAUGGGACGAGUUGGGAUGGAGCAACCUUUCCUCAAAGAAGAUCUCCAGCCUGUUCACUGGCAUUCCCUCUCAGCUGGAUGCCGCUGUGACGUGGAAGAACGGCAAGAUUUAUUUCUUCAAGGGAGACAAGUACUGGAGAGUGAACAAGCAGCUACGGGUGGAGCGGGGUUAUCCUCUGAGCAAGGCUGAACGCUGGAUGCAGUGCUACUAUUUUGAUUAAUAACGGGCUAAAGAAAUAUUUUUAAGGUGCCUCACUGGCUGCAAGGAGAAGUCGCUGGGUGGGACACGGGGGAGUCUGAGGCCUGAUAUUGUUUCUCAUCCAUCAGAAAGUCCUGUAUUUUCCCUUUAUUCUAAAUUGGGACACUGGCACAGUAACUAGGCCAGAAGCCGGGAUAAUUGUGCGCAGUGGUUACAAGUGAACUGAAUGAAGUCUCUGCCAUCUGAAGGAUAUUGGCUAGAGAGUCGCACAUUGUAGUCUUUACCUUCUGUUAUAGAGGCCUGGCUCUGGUCUGUUCUGGGCAAAUGUACAGUGCGGCCUAGAGAGGGGAAGCCCAGUCUGGGGAGAGGGGUCAUUUAUAAAUCAGCAAUGUCCUACCUCUGCUUGUCUGGUGAACAGUUUGUGGGAGAUUGAAAAUAUUAUUUGUGGGAGUUCAUGAAAAUAUCUUACAGCUGUUACACAAUAUGAUAUGUCCUUUGUACUUUUAGCAAUGUCUCUUUCUCACAGGCGCCACCAUAGUGCAGGGAGCCCAGGGUAAAUGCCAUUUCUGUUGUAUCCUAAACCUGGUUGUGGUCUUAUGUAACUAUAAAAGUUCCAUAGCACUUUUGUGAAUCUCUGACACAUCUACAUGUGGGCCAAACAGGUGGUCAUAUUCAGGUCCAUGGGUGGGGCCAACGAGACUGGUUUACAUGAAUGUACGUUGAUUUGAUCAGGGCUUAAAACUAACAUUCUGGAUUGCUGAUGAGCCACUGCAGGGAUUCAAACUCCUGUGUGGGAUUUUGUUUCAGUGGAAGGUACAGAUGAUCCUAGGUGCAGGCAACUUCGGUCGACAUUGCAGAGACACGUGUGUCAUCCCACCGGGAAAUGAAAACCAGUGAUUUAAGGCCAGCGGCACACGGCUCACUGAAAUAAGUAUUUUUGGUGCCAAGGUAUGCCCCGUGUGCCUUAUAUCACUGGUUUAUAAUGCUCUCUUCCCUUGUUGGCUUAUGGUUCCCUGUAAUUGAUUACAAGGUUAAAGAUAUAGGAAAAAAACAUUCCAGGGGCACCCAGGGCAGCAAAAAUGGGCCUUUAUCCCAAAUCUUACUCAUAUGCACAAUAUUUCUACAUUCUUUAUACCAGUAACUCAUUUUUGCAAAUUAGAACCAUUGUAAGUUAGGAAUAUUAAUAACCUUCUCCUUGCUAAAAAAUAAUCAUCGAGCCCUGUUUAAGAUCUACAGAACAGCACCCAGCAUGUAGUUUUCAGGGAGUGGGUCUGCCCCACACAGUUUAAUCUGGUUAGGAGCCCUCUGUCCCAAUCUGCAGGGAGUGUGUAAUGUUUCAGCAUCACGGGGGCACCGAGAAAUUCUGUAUCUGAUGUCCCAGGAAGGCUUUCAGGGCUGCAGCACCUAGUAUAAUACACUCAAUUAUCACCCCUGCAAUCCCUAGCCAACCAGGGCAGCUCAGGGCAAGGAAAAAUAACAGGACCAUAUUUAUAGUAUGAACUUAAUGUUUACUAAAACACAGUGCAUCGAUAAUGCAUUUGAUUGUCCCUUUCUGCUCCUGUCCAGAGCAUACUUACCGGCCAACUCACUGCCCAGGAAAGUGUGCCAUUGCCAUUAAUCACUGGAAACUGGCCAGAGCAUUACACUUAAUGGGUUAGAUAAAUGCAUUAGGGUGCAGCUACAUUAGACAAAGCUGCACUGACCAAUCAGAUCACCUAUGUGACUUUAGCCAGGAGGGCCCUUGGAGGUUGUAGUGAAUGCUAUGAAGAUGCAAUGGGCAUAUUAUUAUAUUAUUUAUUAUUAUCUAAAUCGUUCCAGCUUCAAUUCAGCAACGCACACCAACCGCUGGGGAGUUGUUCCCUUUGUUUUGCUCUUAUCUCAAUCACUCUGCUAACUGAUGCUGUUUUGGGCUCAUCAUCGUCAUCAUCAUUUAUUUAUACAGAACCUGUAAUAAUGCAAACAAUUUAUUUUCAGACAGAGUUCAGUGACCACCACAGUCUGAAUGUGCUCUAAUAGCCAUCAGUAAAUGCUUCCCUAAAUAUGUAUCUUUCCUGUAAGUUCUCCAGCUUCCUGCACCCCAGGCCUAAUCAUCUAGAACAUUGCCAAUGAACAGGGCAGAAACAGCCACCUCUGGAUCUGAGUGCUAGUGUGCUAAAGUGCUAGUUAGUGUGUUAGAGUGCUAAUCAGUGUGCUAUUCAGUGUGCCAGAGUGCUAGUCAGUGUGCUAGUCAGAGUGCCAGUUAGUGCGCUAGAGUGCUAGUUAAUGUGCUAGGGUGCUAGUUAGAGUGCUAGUCAGAGGGAAAUGCUGUGCCAGAAAACUCUUUAAUAAUAGAGAAUGACUGAAUAAUGCAUAGAAUAGAAUCUAUUCCUAUUGUAUAAAUAGCUGGAACGCUCCCCCACUCCUCAUCCCUAGGCACUAGGCUCUCUCCCCCCUUAAAGCUCUGUUACAGCAGGCACUGAUGGUUCCGUUGCACACACCACGUAAACAGAAUUCCUGGAAACCUUGGGCUUCUCAUGAACGGUCUUGCUCUAUGAGAGAUGACCAAGAGAUGCCAAGCUGAAUGCACUAUUUAUGCCCAACUUUGAUACAGAAGACAGGAACAACAUCCACCUACUGCUCCUGAACUGCAACUUUUAGCAUCUCCCUAUCAACCUUCAGCAGAGCCAUGACAGCUGUUGGGGUGAGCAGAAGCUGUAGUUUUACAAUAACUGAAAUCAGAAGGUUUAAUUCGAUCAUUUUUGAGUCCUCAUAUGGGAAUGACAGCCUUUCUGCAUUGUCAGGAACCCCUUUAUCUGUACCUCUGGCUCUGUGCCCUGGGGGCUCUAGCUUGGCCUUAAUGAAUGAGCCCCACUGUGUAUUUAGAACAGUUUCUUUAUGAGCCAACUGCAUAUCCAUUCAGGUGCUUCUCUAGGGAGAGAGCAUUCUUUAUUAAUACUGAAUAAAUCUGGCACAGCAUGAGAUUUCUGGGACCAUAUGGGGACUGGGGCAGUUAAAAUACAAGCUCAGGUCGGGGCCCCUAUCAGUAGAAACCUGUACCAGCCGGGGUACCUGCGAGCUAGUGUCUCCUCUUCCUUCUCCUGUCUUGUACAUGUGCAGUACAGUGAAAAGCUGAACUUUAACAAAAAAGUUGUCUUUUUGACUGUACUGCACACGCAUGGGCCCUGGGGUCGCAAAGAAAAAAAAGAGGAUUGAUCACUCGCAGGUACCCGAGCUGGUGCAGGUUACUGCUGAGAGAGGCACUGGCCUGGGGUAUUGGGUAAAUGACUACAAUCACUGCCUAACAUUUGGCAUAGUCUUUCUCCUUUAAGAGAUGAAAAGAGUCAGAAGAAAGCAAAUAAUUCAAAAAUGAUAAAAAAAAAAAUGCUGACCAUCUUAAAAGUUGCUGGCCAUUCUAUAACAGGCUAAAACUUAAAGGUAACCACCCCUUUAAGCUAACUGGGCUCUGAAGCACAGAGAAGACCAAGCAGUAGUAGAACAGUGAUGGCUGAUUUUCCUUUUUCCAUUUUAAUCACUUUCAUCUUGUCCAAAGUUUCAUGAUUUUCAUAAUUAAACCUGCCCAUUCCUUCGCUUUUGUCUUUAUGAUUCAUUUCAGUGGUAACUCAGGGUGCAGAACCCCUGUAUAGUUGGUUUAUUCUGGGGGCCAGGCCACCCCUAGGGAAUCAGAGCGCUUCUGCCUUGUGAACAGGACUUGUGUGAAUGAUAAAUGGAAAGUAGAUAAUUUAACAAAGAGCACUUUUCUGCACUGUUCAUAGAAUUCAGAAAUCAUAAUGAUAAGGCACCAGUAACUAGGAUAGUCUCAGUAUAAAUGAAGCCCAUGAAGUAGUUUUGUACUACAAUAUGCUUUUUUUUUUUUUUCGUUUUUGCAGAUUUCUAAAUAAAUUGAUGUUUUAACUAUU